CUCUUCUUUUCGUUUAAGCAAGAUUGUGAGCUCUUGAAGUGCCAGACAAAAGAAACGGAUACCCCUCAGUUCUGCGAUGUUCUACUACCUCUCGUUCCUCCGACCACCUCCACUUCAGGCACCGUUAUCCUUUCCUCUCAUCGUAACACCCCAGAUUGCGAACGACCUUCGCACAGAGCUGUUCACCGGAGAGCAAGACAUAUUCUAUAGUUGGUCGCAACUCUCACCCUCUGGCUCUACAUCCAGCGGAAUACCGCCAGUCACGAAACCGUUGAAAUUAACAACUUGGAGACAUGAUAAUGCCUACAAAGAAAUCAAAGUCCCAUUACCACCAGGUCUUCGUGAAGGACAACGUUACCGUCUCGUCCUCACAGUCCAUGAUCAAGGACACCCACAUGUUAUCAACCUCGCUGGAGCUACUUGCGGUGCCAGACCGUUUCCAGUCAUCUCGAUGCCUAUUCUGUUCACUGCGCGGAGCUUUUCCUCUGCGAAACAAGAACAGGUUGAACGAACGUAUCGGCUAAUGAGCCCGGAGCGUGGACAACUGUUUCUCUGUGUCAAAGAACAAACUUCAUUCGACCUCGAUAAAAAAGUGUGGGAUAGCGGCAUUGGUCUCAGCUCAUGGAUAGACUGCAUAGCGACUCAGGAAGGGUCCAAAUUGUCUGCUCGAGAGAAGGAGGUCCGCGACCGUCUGAUUCAAGAAAAACCUUGCGACAUCAUUGAGCUAGGCGCAGGCACGGGAAUCGUCUCGUUGACUCUGGGUACUAUCCGCUCCGGUCAGUCAGGCGACAGUGGGCAAAUACUCACGACUGAUCUUGCUUCCGCGAUGCCUUUGCUACAACAUAACAUCUCCAACAACGAACAUCUGUUUUCAGAGGCCUCUCGACCUCACGCAGUUGUUUUGGACUGGGACAAUGAGUCCUUGCCAGCCGAAGUGACCGCAGUGAAGGGUGGCUUUGAUAUCAUCAUAAUGGCGGAUGUAACCUACAACACGGCGUCAUUCCCAUCACUCGUAAGAACCUUGAAGGGUAUCCUUACACUUCACGACCUCUCACAGAAACCACGGCCUCCGCUGGUCUUAUUAGGGUACAAAGAACGAGACCCGGCAGAGAGAACAUUGUGGAAGAUGGCCAAAGAUAUUGGUGUUACUUUUGAGCAGAUUGGUGAGAGAGUAGGUGCGGGCGGCGCCCCAAUAGAAGUGUGGUUAGGACGCGUUAGCGAGGUCUAGGGUAGAAAAAUGGAUUGUGUAAUGAGAAAAAAUAAAUGAGGGAUCCAUGGAGCAACC